AUGGACGUUCGCCCAGCUCGAGCACUGGCUCAAGCGCGUCGACCGGGACCUCGUCUCCGAUCCCGUGUGGAUACUGGCGCCCUAGGCUCGCCUCCCGAGCUCGACCCCGAGGACUUUGAGGAAUACGACCCCACGCUGCUGCCGUACAUGUUGUCCAACAUGCAGCAUCUCCAGGCGGACGACGCGACCCCCGCCGGGCUCCUCAGCGAGGGCAUGGUCGGGUCCCUCUCCCCCGAGCAGGACUCGGUCGCGAGAGCCCUCUCGGAGCACCGCGCCGCCCACGCCCACGACCACGACGAGCGACCCGACCCGCCGCCGGGCUUCCUGCGCUCGCCCUAUAACGAGCCGAGCGAGCUCUCCAUCGAACCCGUCUUUGCGCCCACCUCGCCCCCGGCCGAGCACGAGCACCCGCCCACGCGCGCCGGCGCGCACCGCAUGCAGGACAUCUCCGAGGAGGUGCGCGAGAGCGAGGAGGAUGCCGCGGAGGACGCCGCCGCCGCCGCCGCUGCUGCUGCUGCGCCCGCGCCGCCCGCGACGAAGGAGGUCAUGCAGGGCAUCCGCAUCUCCACCGCGCCGGCGUCGCCUGGCUUGUUCGCGUCGGGAUCCUCGCCCAACGCGCGCCCGCGCUCGUUCUCCCCCCUGCCCCCCGCCGCGUCCCCGUCCGCGUCCCCGCCCACGCAUCAGGCGGCCCCGGACCCCGUCUCGGACCCCGUCUCGGUGGGCGCGAUGGCGGAGCACAACGCGUACGCGCCCGCGGCGGACAGCAGGGACCGCGACCGCGAUCGCGAUCGGGACCGGGACAGUAAUAGGGACCGGGACAGCGUGCACGAGGGCUCCGUCGGGCGGCACCACCACUACUACGCCUCGUCGACGACGAGCAGCGAUAUCCC